AUGAGUACUCCAGUUAGCGCACCUUUGGGUUUGCCAUAUCCAAUUACAAUCUCGAAACUUAUAGCUUCGAUCGGUAGUCAUGUAGAGAAGGGACAGCGUUUAUUUGCGUAUAAGUUUUGGUAUAUUGUCGAGAUAGCCAAAUCUCCUGAUGAAAACGACGAUGGUGUCAAUGAUGAGCAUUCAAAGAAAAGUAUUAGGGAAUCGAUUGAAUUUUUUGAUUCUCCAUUUGAAGGUGAUUUAGUUAGUUGGAAUGUCGACGUAGGUGAUGAAAUUGUUGAGCCAAAUCAGACAAUUUGUGAGAUAGUAAGGCCUUGCAACCAUGAUAUCGUUUACGCAGGUAUUUGUACCAUGUGUGGUAAAGAGGUUGAUGAGAGUGAUCAAGUUAGUGCGAAUCUGACUAUUUCUCAUACCGAUACUAAUUUGAAAGUUAGUAGAAGGGAAGCUAAUGAUAUCGGACAGGGUAUCAAGAAACGUUUAAUUAGAGAGAAAAAACUGAUCCUUGUGGUAGAUUUAGAUCAAACUGUGAUUCAUUGUGGUGUUGAUCCAACUAUUGCCGAAUGGAAAAAUGACCCCACAAAUCCAAAUUUUGAAACUUUAAGAGAUGUGAAAUCAUUUGUAUUAGAAGAAGAACCAAUCUUGCCUCCAAUGUACAUGGGGCCAAAGCCUCCAACUCAUAAAUGUUGGUACUAUGUUAAAAUAAGACCUGGUUUGAAAGAGUUUUUUGAAGAGGUUUCAAAAUUGUAUGAAAUGCACAUUUAUACAAUGGCAACCAGAUCCUAUGCCCAAGAAAUCGCUAAAAUUAUUGAUCCAGAUGGUACUCUUUUCGCUGAUCGUAUUUUAUCCCGUAAUGAAAAUGGUUCUUUGACACAUAAGUCAUUGGAAAGAUUAUUUCCGACAGAUCAAUCAAUGGUGGUUGUCAUUGAUGAUAGAGGUGAUGUAUGGAACUGGUGUCCAAAUUUAAUCAAAGUCACACCAUACAACUUCUUCGUUGGUAUUGGUGAUAUUAAUUCCAACUUUCUACCAAGACAACAAACUACUAUGUUACAAUUGGGAAGAAGGAACCAUAAAAAAACUGAAGACACAGAUGAGCUUUUGACAGACAUUAUGGAUACUGAAAAGAAGCUUCAAGAAAAGAUAGAUGAAGAGGUUAAACGUCAAGAAGAGAAUUUGAGUCAUCAGUCAGCGGCUUUAGGUGAAGAAAUCUCUUCACAGGUAAGAAAAGAGGAUAUAACCAAAAAAAUUGAAUUUUCUGCAUCUUUGGAAGUUCAACAACAAAAUAGACCUUUAGCAGAAUUGCAAAAGCAUAUGCAUAAUCAACAAUUGCUGACUGAUGAUGAUGAUGAGUUAUUUUAUUUAAAAGACAUUCUAAAAAAUGUUCAACAAAAAUACUAUGAAGAAUUGAAAACUGAUAAAGAAAUACAAAUACAAACUUUGAUGCCUAAAUUGAAGAAGAAAGUGCUUGAAGGUUGCAAUUUUGUAUUUUCUGGUUUAAUCCCAUUGGGGACUAAUAUUCAAAAAGCAGAUAUCGUACUCUGGACAAAUAUGUUUGGAGCUCAAUCUUCUGCAGAUAUCACUGAAGACACAACACAUGUGAUAACAAAGACACCACAUACAUACAAAGCUAAGAUAGCAAAAGCUUUUAAAUCUGACAUCAAGGUUCUUCAUCCUGACUGGGUCUUUGAGUGUCUGUUAAAUUGGAAAUAUAUGCCAGAAUUUCCAUAUGAAUACAAUAUUAUUCCAACAGCUACAGAUAAAGAACUAAAUGAGUUUAAAGAAGCGCUUGAAAGGAGAAAGAAGAAAGAAACUAAAACUAAGAUAACUGUUUCUGAAGAGAGUUUAGAAGGUGAUUCUAAUUCACCAAGCUCCCAAGGUGCAUCUGUGGACUUAUUUGCCAGUGGUGCUUCAUGGUUGAUCGAUGAUGAUGAUGAUGAAAUUAUUGAUUCUGAAGAAGAGGAGAGCAAAGAACCAGAAUAUGAUGAAUUUGCUGACGAUAACAAUGAUCUUCAAACGGUGAAAAAACACCCUCUAGAAUCGAAUGAAUUUACUGAUGAGGAUGGUAGCAAUAAAAAGGUACACAUUGCUGAAGAAGAUGAAGGACAAAAUGAAGGUCAAGAUGAAGGUCAAGAUGAUCAACUCUCGGAGGAUAAAACUAGUCAGCCGAAAGAUGAAGAGAGUGAUUCAGAACUAGAAGAAGAGAUAUUGAAUGCAUUAGAUGAUAGUGAUGACGAUGAAGAGUAA